GGCUCAGCUGGGUCCACAUCGCUCUCGCAUGUAAUUAAGACCGCAAUUAAAUUGGCAUGUACAACUCGGCCAAAAAACUACAACGUGUGCUCACAGCACGCGAGAUACGCAAAACAUUCAUCGAUUACUUUACGGUCAAUCAUGAGCACAAAUUUGUGCGCUCCAGUCCGGUUGUGCCGUUCUGCGAUCCCACCGUCGCCUUUGUCAAUGCGGGAAUGAACCAGUUCAAAUCCGUUUUUCUGGGCACAGCUGCUGCACCGUAUAAACGCGUCGUCAAUUCUCAGAAAUGUGUGCGAGUCGGUGGCAAGCACAAUGAUCUGUCUGUGGUGGGUCAGGAUGGCUACCAUCACACGUUCUUCGAGAUGCUGGGCAACUGGUCGUUUGGCGAUUAUUUCAAGCGUGAAGCUUGUGCAAUGGCUUUGGAGCUGCUGCGCGGCCCCUACAACAUUGAUCCCUCGCGUUUGUAUGUCACAUACUUUGCCGGCGACAAGCUGCUGGGCAUAACCGCCGAUCUGGAGUGCUUUGAGAUUUGGCGUAGCUUGGGAUUUCCUGCUGCACGAAUCUUGCCAUUCGGCUGCAAGGACAACUUUUGGGAAAUGGGCACAACGGGCCCUUGCGGACCCUGCACUGAAAUACACAUUGAUCAUAGACCGGGCUCUGGACCUGACAGCGUGGAGCAGCGCGCAAAGUUGGUCAACGCGGGGCGAGCAGAUCUCACCGAGCUGUGGAAUUUGGUGUUUAUACAGUACAAUCGCAAUGCAGAUGGCAGCAUAACACAGCUGCCCGCUCGGCACGUGGACACGGGCAUGGGCUUUGAGCGUUUAGCUGCGCUGCUUCAAAACAAGUCGUCCAAUUACGAUACCGAUCUCUUUACGCCGCUCUUCGAUGGCAUACAUAGUCUUUCCAAAGCACCUGUGUAUGGUGGCAGCUUUCCCAAUGCCCAGGAUUCUGCUUUGCUCGAUACAAGCUACAGAAUACUUGCCGAUCAUGCGCGCAUGGUCACCGCUUGCUUGGCCGAUGGCAUGCUGCCGGAUCAAAAUCAAAAAUUGCGUCGCGUUCUGCGAAAGGCACUCAGCAUCUCGGAGCAAGUUUUUGGACACGAAAAGCUGCUCUCUCAGCUGGUGCCCAUUGUAGUUGAAACGCUAGGCGAGGCCUAUCCCGAGAUGUCGACCAAACAGCAGGCUGUUAUUGAGUUGAUAUUGCACGAGCAGGAGGUGUACAAAAAUUUGCGCGAAAGCUCGUCCAAGGCUUUUGCUGAGGUGCUCACAGAGUUUCCCAAGCUGGAUGACAUUGAUCUGAUGGAAUGUCCUGGUUUUGUGCCCGCCUACCGCGAGUUUCAAGUACAACGCUCAAAUUUUCCCAACAACACGAUCCCAGGUGACUUCCUGUAUAAGUUGACAGACACUUAUGGUCUGACCGAAGAGAGCUUCCUUAAGUUGGCCGAGCUUGAGAACAUGAACUGUGAUUUGGAUCGGUAUCGCGCCGAAUUGGCCCUGGCCAAGCUUAGAACCAAGGAACCUCAGCGCAGCAGUGGCGACUACGACCUGGCGCUGCAGAAGCGCAUCGCAGACGCACAAGCGCAGCUAACCAAGCGGCUGGCGCCGACUGAUAACAGUCACAAAUAUAUCUACAGCUAUGAUGAAGUAAAUGAAACCUAUUCGAUUCCCACGGUUACAAGUCGCGUGCUGGGCAUGCUACAAAAUGACGUGGAAGUGUCACGCACCCGCCUAGAAGAGCCCUUGAAUACGCUCUCCAUUGUCACAGCUGCAAGCAAUUUCUACUACGAAUCAGGCGGUCAGCAAUCAGAUCUUGGCAAACUGCUGGUGCGGAACACACACAAACCAGAGGAGCCUCAUCAGUUGGAAGUGGUAGGCGUAAAGCAUCUCAAUGAUUGCGUGGUGCAUGUUUGUCGCCCGAUCACAUCCUCCGAUGACUUCGAGCUGGCUGUCGGGGAUGAGGUACAGCUUGAGGUAGAUGCCAAGCAGCGGCAGCUGAAUACGUGUCAUCACACGGCUACCCAUCUGCUGAAUGCUGCCAUAAGAUCUCUCUUCAACAAAGUUACAUAUCAGGUUUCCAGCGCAGUUAGCAGUGAGCAGUGUAAACUGGAACUGGGACUUUUGGGCAAGCGCAUACAAAAAGCCGACGUGCAACACAUUGAGGAUCUGAUCAACCGCGCCAUCUGCUCCGCCACGCCCGUCCAAGUGCAGGAACUCAGCGCAGCUGAUGUGCUGCAGCAGAACGAUAUAACCAUGGUGCCUGGGGAGGUGUAUCCGGAGCAAGGACUGCGUCUUAUUAAUGUGCAAUGUCCGGACCUAAGCCUUAGCUCCAAGGAACUGUGCUGCGGUACGCAUGUGACCAACACAAAGGAGCUAUCCUGCUUCUGCAUUGUUAAUCUCAAGCAAACAAAUAGGGCUCGCUUUGCCUUUACAGCCGUAGCUGGCCAGGCAGCAGAGAAUGUCCUGAAAACAGCAGCGCUAUUGCGUCAUCGUGUGGAUAUGCUGGAAAAGCAGUUUCAAAUGGACAAGCUGACAAAUGCCACGGAGACUGAGCUGCAGACCAUACGCCACAACAUGCUGCACUCGGACAUUAAGCUGCCAUACGCUUUUAAGAUGGACACGCUCGAUCGCAUCAAUGAUAUACUACGUAAGCUUAAGGAGACUUCGCGCACAACCCUUAAAGAAUUUGUAGAGGUGGAAAUGCGAAAUGUGCUACUAGAAAAGCCACUUGACACGCAUCCGUACAUUUUGCACUUUAUUAGCAGCUCGGCGCUGGUGGAAGAAAUUCCCUUGCAGCGUGCAACAAAACUAUGCACAGAUCGUCCGAUUCUGGUGGUUAGCAUGUGUGAUAACAUUGUCAAAGCGCGCUGCUGCGUGCCGCAGAACUGCAUCAGUGAGCAAUUUAACGCCACGCUCUGGCUGCAAUCCUUUGCGAAAACGUUUGGCGGUCAAGUGGCCACGCCCAAGGGUCAGAAAGCUGAAAUCGUCUGCAACAUGAAGGGACGCAAGGUGAACACACAGUUUGAGGAACAAUUGGAACAGGCAAUGGGCAAUGCUCAGGUCUACGCCAAACGUUAUUUGGAGUUCUAACUUGCCAUGCCACACGCCCUUAAUAGAAAAUUGUUAAGCUUAAUUGUUAUUGUGAGAGGUACUAUAUUGCAGACUAAUAAAUG